AUGGCUUCCGACUUGACCGCACAACUGGCAGGCAACUCAACACACCUUGCUCGUCAGCUUACGUAUGCACAGAUUUCCCGUCAGUCUGCAUCGCCGCAUCACCAUGCUCGUACAGCAGCUGCCAUGGCGCGCAAUGCUCCUGUCGCCUCUACCGUCACUAUCACCGAUCCGAAUAAUCCCUCCAAAUCGUUCAAUGGACUAAUGAAAGGAGGAAUUGUCAAACACGAUGAAGACAGUGGACGAGGAAACAAAUUGCCGACUCACAACAACAACAAUAACAGCAAUGGUUUACAACAAGCAACACUCGUUCCGCAAACGUGGACGACGUUGGACCUGGGCGGCAUGGGUCUCAAGAACCUUUCACCGGCACUUUGCAACUAUACCUUCUUGACGACGCUUUAUUUGAACUACAACAAUCUGACACAUCUGCCAUCCUCCAUUUCCAACCUCGUAAGCUUGAAAACGCUCGACGCUUCAGGCAACAAGCUCACAUCGAUACCUCCCGAAAUGGGUCUUUUGAUCAAUUUGCGUGAACUGCUGUUGUUUGAUAACAAUAUCACUGAUCUGCCAAAUGAAAUGGGAUCUUUGUAUCAGCUCGAGACGCUUGGAUUGGAGGGCAAUCCUGUUCAGCCAGAAAUCAAGAAUAUUUUGAUGAAGGACGGAUCGGCUGCUGUUAUUCUCUCCUUGCGGGAAAAUGCUCCAGUGGGAAUGCCACCUCCUCAACGCGAAUGGAUUACGGUUGAGAGUAGCUCUUCUGAAGAAGAUGGAGGUAAGUUUAUAAGUUAUACAUUCUCUGUUUUCUGUUUCAAUAUUCUGUGUCAAAAGUACGCUACUGCUCAAGCAUACGGCUACACGCCAUCAUGGGCAUUAUCAUGGGAUUAUCGUAAGGAGCUGAUUCUAUCUGAAAUCCAAAGCCGGAAUGCAGAUAUCAUUUGUCUCCAGGAAUUGGCAUACAAUCAAUAUGAAGAAUAUUUCAGGCAUGAGUUUCGGGAACGUGCUGGCUACGACAGUGUGUUUUACCCUAAAUCCCGUGCAAAGACAAUGUCUGAUAAGGAACGAGGAGAAGUCGAUGGUUGCGCCACUUUCUUCAAGUCAUCCAAAUUUGAACUUAUUGAAGUGAGCUUACUGGAAUACAACCAAAAGGCAUUGCAACGCGCUGAUUUCAAGAAAUGCCCUGAUAUUUAUAACCGAGUAAUGACCAAGGACAACAUUGCUGUACUGACCAUGUUGGAGAACAAGGACACGUUAGCACGAGUACUUGUUGCAAACUCGCAUAUCCAUUGGGAUCCAUCCUUUGCCGACGUGAAGCUUGUCCAGGUCGGCAUGCUAAUGGACGAAAUAGACAAGUUCGCCACCAAGCAUCUGAAACCGCCCACAUCAUCACCCACUGGCGUAGUAUAUCCUAAUACCUCCAAGCUCCCUACUAUCAUUGCCGGCGAUUUCAAUUCGUCACCGGAUUCGGGUGUCUAUGAAUUUUUGUCAAAGGGAGCCGUCAAGCAAAACCACGCAGAUUUUGGCGAGUAUCUCUAUGGCGAUUACACUACCGAUGGCUUGUCGCACAAGUUGUCGCUAAAGAGCUCCUAUGCCCAGAUUGGCGAGUUGCCCUUCACAAACUACAUCGCUGACUUCGAAGGUGUGCUCGAUUACGUUUGGCAUUCAACGAACACAUUGGACGUCCUGUCGCUCCUUGGUCCAAUAGAUAAGGAUUAUCUCAGCAAAGUGGUUGGCUUUCCCAAUGCACACUUUCCAUCCGAGUAA